AUGGAGAAGCAGCCCGGCGGCGAGGACGACUGCGUGGACUCGGGAGCCGAGACGGGCGGGUCUGAGUACAGCCGCAUGUCCUCUACCAGCAGUGAACUUUCCGUGGAAGGCAUUCAAGACCCAUUCCUUGUUAGUGUUCAUAUUAUCACAGACCCAGGUGAAUCCAAGACUCUUCAGCAAGCCAUCGAUAAUCUUCUAGCCUGGAUCCACCCAGACCUCCAGCUGUUUCGAGUCUCAGAAAGACGAGUGCCCAAGAGGCACAGGAAGCCAGUUAAGACUGGAGUUUCUCAGCCAGCCCUUGCCAUCGUUCUGUUUCUGCAGGAGGAAUAUGGAGAAGAACCAAUCUUGCAGCUCCACGAAACCUUUCAGCAUCCGCCUUGGCAUUACCACCACACAGAGCAAGUGCAUGGGAAAUUCCUGCCCUACAUGCCAUGCAGCCAGGACUUUUACACUUUGGCUCCAGAGACCCCUCUGUGGGCCAUUCGCCCAGUGCACUACGGGAAAGAAAUUAUUCGCUUCACUAUAUACUGCAGGAAUGAAAACUUUGCUGACAUCUCCAAAUUGUACGAGUUGAUACUGAAAAGGCCAGUAUGUCAGAAGAAAGCAGACUUUUGUGUUUUUCCCAUCUAUUCAAACAUGGAAAUAGACAUUCAGUUUUCUUUAAAAAAGCUUCCCAAGGGCCAGGUGCCAAUGCCAACGGAGUCAGCCGUGCUGGAGUUCAGAGUAAAAGAUGUGGGGCAGCUCGUGCCUCUCUUGCCCAACCCUUGCAGCCCCAUCAGUGAGGGAAGGUGGCAGACAGAAGACCACGAUGGAAAUAGGAUCCUUUUGCAGCAAGCACGCAGUUGGUGUAGGAAGCCUGCAAAGCAGAACAAGCAACCACAUCCAUCUGCAUCAACAGAUUCCCGCUUCACCACUCUGCCAGCCGUUCUUCCUCAGACCCACCAAUCUGUCCCUGAGCAACCAAAAGAAAUGGGGCAAAACAAGGUACAUCACACAAAUGGCCUUGGUCAUUAUCUUGGUUUCUCCCAGCAGGACUUGAGACAUAGUGAUCAAGAAGACUUGACACGCAGGUCUAGCAGUGCCUCCAGCAUUUCAUGGUCAUUUCAGCGAAGCAAGUCUCUGUUUUGCUUGCCCACAGUGAACUCCUCCUCAGCCUCAGAGACACUUCAUUUCAGUGAACCAUUUCAGUUUUUUAAUACAGAGUCCCCUGCAACCAGGUUAAAAACAUGGAGAUGCAGUCCCAGGCUUAACAUUGAUGACUUGGAGGGUGCCCAGGAGACUGAUGUAGACACGGGGAUGAAGCUAUUCUUCUCAGACUUGUCUGUGGUCUCUGCAUACUCUGCCCUCAAUGGGUUUUGCCAUGACUUGGAAGCCUCUCUUCCCCGACAGAAACAAACUGUCAGUAAGGAUAAAGAGGUGGCCACUAGUGGGAGGCCUUUAUCAGCCGUGUGCAAUACCUUAGAAUCAGUCGAUGGUCCUCUACCUUCUCUUUCUGAAUGGUCUUCCAGCUCAUUCAUGUCAGCAUCUCUCUCCAAGCAUCCCAAACAGUCCUCAAGAGCAGCUCUGUGUUUUCUGGGUGAUCAUGGUAGUGUUUGCCCAGCUUCACCAGCUACCGAGGAAGAAUUUUACAUCUGA